CUGGACUAUAUAGUAAAGGGGUGUGCUAUCCACACAUCCUUUUUAUUUCUCACACCCUUGUUAAUUGCUAUCUGUUACAUCUUUUUCAUUUUAUCCGAUCCGACAGCCAAAAAUUAAAAGGAUGUGUGAGAAGUAAAAAGAGAUUUGUGGAUAUCAUAUCCAAAUUAAAUCCCCACAGGGACCUUUGUGUUUCGUUUCUUCGAUGGCCAGAGAAUUUUCUCACGGUGGUGGUGGGUACGCCGAGCAAAAGCACGCGACGGAGAACCCACCACCUUGUUCUGAACUUUCUACGUUGCCAUCGACUACCCCUGCUGCUUCUACAGAAUCCGGCGACGCGGCGGCGAAGACUGGGGCGGAAGAUGUCCUUUAUGGUGAAGACUACGUGGGGGAUUUUAUGUACAAUCUCUCUCCUUGCCGCCGGCCCCCUUUCCUUAGAAAGUUAAAUAUAGGCAUAUUCUGUAAAAGUCCAAAUUUUAAUUUUUUUAAUUAUUUUCUCAAAUUUCCGGGUCGGCAAAUCCAAAGAAAUCUGAAGGCCGAAGCGGAGUGAGCGAGAGUCUACUCUCGGCAGGACCUGUAUAAGCGUUCGAAAGCUACGAAAGUCUUACAUCGGAAGGGCCUAAAUAAGAGUUACAAGAAAAAAAAGUUGACCCGCGUAAGUCUACUCUCGGCCAGUCCGGGUUUUCCCCCCAACCAAACAGAGAGAAAGCGGUGCCGGAGAGACUAGACCAGAUCGGAUGGCGGACGGAACUGCGCACUCGCGGUAUGUGAAGCUGACGAAGGAUCAAGCGCCGGCCGAGGACAUUAAGCCCGGCGAGCUCAAUCAGCCCAUCGAAGUUCCCCAGUCGAAUGUUCACAGGUGUCACCAAUGCGGACAGCCUUUACCCGAGAGCUAUCUGCCCCCUAGAGAUGAGCCUUGGACAACCGGAAUUUUUGGCUGUGCUGAAGAUAGAGAAAGUUGCUUGACAGGGUUAUUUUGUCCAUGUGUUCUGUUUGGGCGCAAUGUUAUGAGCCAAAGCGUAAGCAAUGAGACCCCUUGGCACAGACCAUGCAUUUCUCAUGCUGCUUGUGUUUGUAUUGAAGGUGGUUUGGCUCUGGCAGCAUUAACUGCAAUCUUCCAUGGUGUUGACCCAUGGAUUUCAAUUACUAUUUGCGAGGGUCUGUUAUGUUCUUGGUGGAUGCGUGUGGUAUUUGCAGGUCUUGUCCGGCAAGCCUUGCAGAAGAAGUAUCAUCUACAGAACUCACCGUGUCACCCAUGCUUGACACACUCCUGCUUGCACUGGUGCGCCUUGUGCCAAGAGCACAGGGAGAUGAAGGGACGCCUCUCGGACAAUUCUGUGAUGCCAAUGACCGUCGUCAACCCACCUCAAGUUCAAGAGAUGAAGUCUGCUGACGACAACCAGGACUCUGCUUCACCAUCCUCUACCAACAAUAGUGGCCACACCGAUCUCCAGAUGCAGGCGUUGUAGGAUCUAAGCAAAGCAUCAUUUCACUAGGAUUUUAUGUGUGUGAGCUAUCGCCGCAUACACGGGACGUCGCCUAUACAGUUGCUUAAUAUUGAUCUAUAUAAACCUCAGUCUAUAUAUAUAGCACGUAGCUGUAAUCGGAAUCAAUUUACGGAAUUGGAUUCCGAUUACGGGAUACACCUUUGUUUAAGUAAUCUUGGGUAAUCAAAAUACAUGUGGGGUCCACGCGCAUUAAGGAAUCCAACUCCUAAUUUUGGAGGAAUUAGACUCCCUACAUGACGGAGGUAUUUCAAUUCCUUGAGACUUGAGGAAUCUGGAAUGGAUUUUUUCUACCAAUGAUGCACUCACUUGUUUCUUAUAAUCUCAAUAUUACCCUUCAUUUGACAUUCA